GGCUAGGCUCAGGAAAAAAAUUCUCAAUCGCCGACGGGGCUAUCGUUGCAUCAAAUUUUGGUUUGCUUUUCUAACUUUCCCUCUGCAAGGGAUAACAAGAGGUAAAGUACAUUUUUUAAAUCUGUAUUUUUGAUAUUAACUAUAUCAUUUUGUUCUCUUCGGCAUACUUGAUGUAAAAUUACUUUAAGCUUUGCGGAAGCUUAAAGCUUUUCACUCCUAAAAACUGCCGAAACGAAUAAAAUGGUUGAAGUUUUGUUGUUUAAUCCGGAGUAGUUUACAGUAUUAUUUUUAGGCAUCCCUCUCACCGUAAACAAAACCGGGCCAUAAUGCCUUCUAAUCCGAAGAAAGGAAAAACACUGAAGUGUUCAGAAAAUCUAAAGGACUUUUACGAGAAUGACGACGAGUUUAAGUUUCAUGAAGGUAAGCCUUUUUUCACAGUUUAAUAAGCUAAAAUGGACUUAAAGUUAAGUAAUCGCUUCCAUAAGACAAAUGUGGGGAAUUUUAGGGAAAAAAAUCAUUAAAAAUUCCCUUUAUAUCUGCAUUUAAUUAAAGAUUAAGCUCAUAUAUGCUGAAGUCACAAUUCACACUGGCUCAGGUUUAGGUUCAAGUUUAAUAAUAGUUUAUGAAAAACGCAGUUUCUAACGAGUACUAAUCACUGGUUUGGUAUGCUAAACGUAAGCCUUGAACGCUUCAAGAAAAUGUCGUUUAAUCCUGUCUAAGCCAUGGUAUAAAAUUAAGGCUUAGGACCAUUCCAUUAAAUACACACACCCCCUAUGGAUGAAGGACUUUGAAAUUUUUCAAACCCAGCGUGCAAAGAAAGUCCUGUCCGAUACCCAGAGUUAAUGGAUUUUGCUAUCAGGUUAGUACAUUAUGUUCUUAACUUGCCCGACAGGCGAGUUAAUUCUUUUUGGGGAGGGAACUCCAAUUAUUGUAAAACUGUAAUCGGUCCUACCAGAAGCACACGUGCUUCUGGUCAUGCACUUCAAAUUUUUUUUCGGCUAGUUGAAAUGACUGCUGGGCUAUUACAUGCUAGCUACAGCUUGGCAUCAAAUAGGGGACGACUUUCUUUGCAUUUAGUUAAACCCUCAGAAAAAUGCCAUUUUUUCCCUAAAAUUCAUUUAACAUUUAUCCCCACAUAAAAUAACUUUUUAUUUUUUAGCAUCGUCAGUGAAAUCUGAACAACAACAGCAUCAACAGAAAGCUAAUGUUCCUGUGGUCAAGUCCAAGAAGAGACAAGCCAUGACACCAGCGGAUGAUUUCCAAGAUUCUGACCCAGAAGAUGAUUACGGUGACAAAUCGUAUGUAAUUCUACUGUCGUUUCAUAACUGCACUCAUGUAGAUACCACAUCAGUGGGAACAUCUCGACCGGACCACUUUCCCAUUUCAAUGAUGUAAAUAUGGCUUAGAGCUGUCUCAGACAGCUUUGUUUCGGAAUAAAUUUUAAAGAAAAUCUCACGUGUUCUUUAAGGUUUAAAGACUGACAUUUUGUUAAAUCGUAUGUAAUUCCACUAUCGUUUCAUAGCUGCACUGUAAACAUGAAUCACGGGUACACUUUCGGACCACUUUCCCAUUUCAUGUAAAUUUGGCUUAGAGCCAGCUCAUACAGAUUUGCUCUGGACAUAAAAGUUAGAAAAGAAAAAUCUCACGGUUUCGUAAGGUAUAAAGACAUCUUGGUAACCAGGAAAGUCACGACGGUUCUUCAACUUUGGUGUUAAAGAGUUAUCUUGAAAUUUGGGAAAUACAUUUCAGUGAUUUUAAACCACUCUAAAAAUCUUACACCCUGGCUCAUACGUUUUCAUAGCAGCUCAUUAAUCGAAUCAAAUAGAGGGAAUUACAUGAUAGCCUGAAUUUCAUCCGAUUACUUCGAGUCGUUAUUACUCCCUCAGGAGAAAACGACUCGAAGCAAUCGGAUGAAUUUCAGGCUAAUUACAUGAAGUUUUAGAAAAGAAACAAAGAAACAAAACGGAUCAUUUAAUGAUUGUUGCUGAUAUAACAAUAUCAGCAUCUAAGUUAUUAACUUAAAAUGCAGCAUACCUUCUCUCUUUCUUUCCUUCCUGCUCCCACUUCACUUUUAACCGGUAUAAACGAGGAUAUGAAAUGCAGUACUUUGUUCUGAUCUUUCCUUUCAUCUUCUUUUUAGAAGUGACCUUGAAAUGCAAGGAAUACUGAACAGCUUUGGAGGUCAGGAAUGUUAUAAGAUUUUAAAAAACGUAUUGCCAGUUCCGUCUGAGGCAUUGCUAGUUAAGCAUUCUCUCUCUCGUCAUUUUUUUCCAGCUGACAUCACAAAGACUUUAACUGCCAAGCGAAAGAGAAUACAAACAUUUACACAAGCAUCCCUUAAGGCAAGCAGUAGAAAAUUUGACGAAGUCUGGCAUACACAGCAACGUGAACGGUGAGAGAAACGUAAUCUUUUUUUUUGUUAGACACGGUAAAAGUAGAGGACCGGCUGGGCCUGAAGGAUUUUGAACUGAAUAUCAGAUGGUUUACUUGAUCAGCCUUCCGGCAUAAUAUUAAAUGAGCGUUGCAUUACUGACAGCUGCUACUUAUCUUGUCCACCAGAAGCAGUCACUACGAUGAAUUCAGCAAGCAACUCAUGAACGUUAUAACCCAGGGAGAGACAGAUUUGCAAAAGACAAGAGAAGCAGAGGAGAAACUAGAGGUAACAGAAAUACGCGAGAAAUUGCUACAAUUAAUUUAGGAUCGCUAACUGCUUACAAAUCUUGUAUCAGAAGCUUAAAUGCGCUUUAAUAUCAAAGUCACACGAGUUCUGGGCAAUGGUAUUCCAGAAGCCAAUCAUUUUAAAACUCCAGAACAACACAAAUUCUGGCGAUAAAUAGAGACCGAUUGAUUCUCAGGGAAUACCUGCCUUGGAAAGAACACCUGGAUCUAAGGCCGGUUGGUGUUGGGAUUUAAACUUUUACAAUCUAUUAACGUUGUUCCGAUGUCAAUUUUGUCCUAAGAACCUGUACAAACAACAACAGAAGCUUUUUCAGCAGCAGCGCAUUGUCCAGAGCCAAAGACUCAAAAGGGUUCGUCAGCUGCUUGAAGAUCAUACCAAGAACUUACAAGAUUUGCAGAGAAGUCAUGAAGCUCAACAAGUUACUGUCCAGGAGCAACUGAGGAAGGAAAUCAACAUGCUACAGAAAAAGAUACUCACUGAUACGGUAAGACGUUCAAGGGGCGACGUCAUGGUGACUUCUAGAUUUUUGGAGCAGAACUGUUACAAAGUCAAUACUAAGUACUCCUCAGUCUUCCUUUCUUUCCCAUUUGAGAGUUCGAUGCAUGAGGAAUUCAGGGUUUCUCUCAAAGGGGCAACAAAGCAUGAUACGUUUUUAGUAUUGAAUGUCUCAACAACCGGCUUUAAAAAGAUGGCUUAAUAUUUCAAGUUGCACGCCAUUUCUAUCCUAGUUACCUGAACCCAAGACACACACUUACAUAGCUUAGCAAGAGAAAUGUUUUGAAACAAAACUGAACAGUUACUUGGCAAAUUUCGUAGCAUCAAGAGUUUUAAGGGUGUCAAAAUAAUAUCAGUAGUUUGUGACAAGGCUCCUUCAAGCAUCUCCGAUAUUGAAACAUUCAGGAAGAAGCAUAGGUUUCUGUUUGCUCAACCCUUAACAUUGACUUUCUCUUUUCAUUUCUUUAGCAACAACAGGACUUCUCAAGUGUGCGAAGGUCUCUUCAAAGCAUGCUUGCACAAGUAUAAG